AUGUCGCAAAACAGCGACUUCUCCAGAGCCUUGUCCGAUCGACGACCUAGAGAAAUAAUGUCUUCAGUCUACAACAACGAUACUACCUCUCUCAACCAGACAUUUCAGUAUCAGAAUUCAGCUUAUAGCUAUAUUGUCAAAUGGUGUUCGCUAGGCAACCCUGCUUCCCCACCGCUCAUCUUCAUUCACGGCACGCCCUGGUCAUCCAGACUCUGGGUACCUUUCGCCCUCUCUCUAUCUCGUCAUUUCCACAUUUACCUUUUUGAUAGGCCUGGCUUCGGCGACUCCCUCCCUGAACAACAGUUGCCCGGUACAACCACCAGCGCUAGGAAGGCCGGGGAGCUGGAUGCAGAUCUUGCCCGGCAAGCUGAGGUCUACGCCGCGCUUUUCAAAUCAUGGGAAAAAGAGUGGCAUAACCAGAGGGCCAAUAUAGUGGCUCACGAUAACGCUGGCUUGAUCAGCUUACGAGCGCACCUACUCCAUGACUGUCAAUACGCAAGUCUUUGUCUCAUCGAUGUGGUUGCAAUUGGACCAUUCGGCAAAUCGCUUUUCGAAGUUGUCGCCAAUGACCCCCAUCACUUUAUGAGGCUGCCUGAAAUGGCGUUUGAGGGCAUAUUGGAGAGUUACAUUCGUAACGCUGCAUUCUAUGAAUUACCAAAGGAGAUAAUGCAAAUGCUGAAGUCCCCAUGGAUGCGAGAGGGCGGAAGAGCGCAGUUUAUUCGAGAGUUAUGCCAAGCUAAUUCAAGAUCCACGGCAGCGGUUGAAGGCCGAUAUGGAGAGGUCGGGCGCAAUAUGCCUGUCAAGGUUAUUUGGGGUGCUGAUGAUAAGUGGAUACCGGCAGAAAGUGCUUGGAGGCUAGGAAAGGCACUAGCAGCUAAAGAGGUUGCGGUCAUGGAGAAAGCUGGCCAUCUUAGUAUGCUUGACCAACCGGGACAGUUCGGAGUUGAGUUGGGUAGAUGGCUAGGUGCUUUUGAGAAACGCUGA